AUGGCGAUGCAACAGCACUUGCGUAUAAGGGAACAUCACCGCCGUCCUAUCACAGCUCUUGGCUACCAUGCAGCUCGGCGUGAGUGCCUCACUGGCUUCGAGGAUGGAGUGAUAAAGUGGUGGGACAUGGAGAAUGGCCGCAUGUCCUUGUGCACCAAAGAGCAUGCUGGCCGGGUCACACAGUUCCUGUCCUGGAUACAGGCACGUCUCCUCUUCUCUGCCUCCAAUGAUAGCUCUGUGAUCGUGUGGGCUCCAGGAGGCACAGUCCUUGACCGAAUUCAGCUAGGCUACCCCAUCUUUACCUUGGCAAUUAGCCUGUCUCGCCACCUACUGCUGUGUGGGAGCAAGGGACGCCUGGUGGCCUUCCCCUUAGAUGAAACGAGAAAGUCUGGGCAUGUUGUCAACCUGAGCCAGAGCUUUUCAGACCAGACACACACAGACAUUGUAUCCUGUAUUGCCUGCUUAGACAACCACAUAUAUACUGCAGGGUAUGACAAGAGGCUGCUGAUCUUUGACACAUACCAGUCUCCAAGCAGGAAAGGCCUAACAACUAAGCACUGCAUCUCACGUGCCCACAGGGCAGCCAUCACCCAUCUGCUGCUAGUACGCCAGCAAGAAACCACACGGGUGCUCUCAGGUUCCUUUGACCAGAUGGUUGGCAUCUGGUCCCAGGAUGGUCAGCUAAUCCAUCGCCUCGGCCCCUUCACCGGGAACAUUACUGCACUAUGCUAUGUGGCAACUGUUGGCAUAGUCUGGAUUGCCAGUGGCACAUCCCAGCCCACGCUUUAUGAGCCCCAAUCUGGGGAGAUAGUUUCACAAUUCAUAUCUACAUUUCGAGGCCAGCAGAUGGAAGGGCUUGUUCUUCAGCAGCUUUUCAGCCUGCCAGACUCAAGGCAUGUCAUUGGUUCUGCAAAACCCCAGCAAACUCUGGUCUGGAGGUACAGUGAGUUGGGAUGCCUGACGGUGCUGCCUUGCAAACACGCCUCAGAGUGCCUUGCUUAUGCUAAAAAGGAGCCUGUUCUGCUCUUCAGUGGAGACAGCAGGGGGAUACUGCAGAAAUGGGAGAGGAGCUACAUAUCACCUUUGAUCUACAGCAUGGAGUCCUUCCACAUCAGUGAGGCGCAUUUGGAGCGACGAGGCCCCUUUGCACAGCAGACGGUGAAGAGCUGUAAGGAAGAGCCACAACCCCACCUGUGUUCCUCUCGAAAAUGGGGAAAGGCCUAUAGUGGUCACCAGAGUGGCUAUAGCGCAUUCCGGACAACAGCCAAGGACACACAAAAAGAAGGCAUAGGCUUCACGAGGGCCAUUUUUGCUGAGGAGCUGGACAUUCUGAUGGUGUCAGCAAAUAAUGGAAACAUUUACCUCUGGGAGUUUGAGAGCUUCAACUCACCUAGUCAGGGUCAAGAUUCUGGAGCAGCACCAGCCUGUGCCCAAGAUGAGAUGGCUCAGGAGUCUUCAAGAGAGUGUGUAGCAGGUUUUGCCUGUAGAACUGUGCUGUGUGGGCAUACAGGCAUGGUAACAGCACUCACGUUGGUAGACAGUGACAGCACCAUUUGCUCCCCCUACCUUGUAAGUGAACAAGAGGACAAAUUUUUAGGGAUGCCAGGAGACAAUUCCAUUUCUGUCCUUGGGCAGAAGUAAUA